AUGGCUUGGUCUAAUGGUGGUGGUAACUUCUCGGCCCGGAAGGCGGUGCGCCCGACUCGGCCCAGCUAUGUUCCUCCUGCCUUCAGGAACAAUGGCAUGCCUGGUUUCAACAAUGUGGACUCAUUCCUGCCGGCAAAUGGCUCCGCUCAGUCUGGUUUGGCUUCCUUCAACUCUUACAGUUCCAGACAGCAAGCUAGGGGUGGUGUGAGUAACGGCCGUUUUGGUGCUCGCGGUCGUGGUGGUAGAGGCCGGAGGUUUGAUCGACCGGAAGAGACUGAUGAGGCGAACCAUUACCCGAAUCGAAACGGUUUUGGGGUUCGUGACACGCUCGACACUACAGAGAGUUUCGGAGAAGAUGCCGAUGUCUGUGGUGGUAUCAAUUUUGACGCAUACGAAGAUAUUCCAGUGGAGGUCAGUGGUUCUGACGUACCUCCUCCGGUCAAUACCUUCGCAGAAAUAGAGUUGAACGAGGGUUUGAACAAGAAUAUCAAGCGAUGCAAAUACGUCAAACCCACUCCGAUUCAGCGUCAUGCGAUUCCCAUCGCCGUUGCUGGUCGCGACUUGAUGGCUUGUGCUCAGACCGGCUCAGGGAAGACGGCGGCGUUCUGUUUCCCCAUUAUAUCUGGAGUUUUGAAGGAUCGUUCUAGGUUUUUCGCUGCGGCUCGGGAAGGCUGGAUUGCUCAUCCUACUGCGCUUAUAAUGUCACCAACUAGGGAGUUGUCAUGUCAGAUUCAUGAUGAGGCCACGAAGUUCGCUUAUCAGACCGGAGUGAAGAUUGUGGCUGCUUAUGGUGGGGCACCGAUUGCUCAGCAGUUUCGUAAUUUGGAAAAAGGAGUGGACAUCUUAGUUGCAACUCCUGGUCGCCUCGUUGACAUGAUUGAGAGAGGCAGGGUUUCACUUACGCAAAUAAAAUUCCUUGCGCUUGAUGAGGCAGAUCGCAUGUUGGACAUGGGCUUUGAGCCUCAAAUUCGGAAGAUUGUUGAGCAAAUGGAUAUGCCUCCACCAGGUGCUAGACAGACUAUGCUCUUCAGUGCUACGUUCCCAGAUGAUAUACAGAAGCUGGCGGCAGACUUUCUUUCAAACUACAUAUUCUUGGCAAUUGGAAGAGUUGGUUCCAGCACUGAAUUGAUUGUACAAAAAGUUGAACUUGUUCAGGAUAUGGACAAAAGAGACCAUCUGGUCGAUCUUCUUCGUUCUCAAAGGGUAAAUGGGUUCAAUGGAAAGCAAGCUUUGACUCUAGUAUUUGUUGAAACAAAAAGAGGAGCAGAUGCUUUGGAAAAUUGGCUGUCGAGAAAAGGUUUCCCAGCUAUUGCGAUACAUGGUGACAAAAUUCAAAUGGAGAGGGAAAGAGCCUUGAGAUCUUUCAAAAGUGGUGCGACUCCUAUUUUGGUUGCCACUGAUGUUGCUUCAAGAGGUUUAGACAUACCACAUGUGGCUCAUGUUGUCAAUUUCGACUUGCCAAAAGAUAUAGAUGGCUAUGUUCACAGAAUUGGCCGAACUGGGCGUGCCGGCAAGUCUGGUUUGGCCACUGCUUUCUUCAGUGACAAAAACAUCCCUCUUGCAAAGGCCCUCACUGAACUCAUGCAAGAAGCAAACCAAAAGGUUCCCUCUUGGCUCACCCGAUAUGCAGAGAGUUCUUCAUGUGAAAUCCGUGGCAGCAGAAGGGGCCAGUGGUAUGAUAAUGGCAAAUAUGGCGGCCAUGAUUUUAGAAAUAUGACUCAACAUGAAGCAGGGUACCACAACCACUACGUGGAUGCAGGUUUUGCAGUGAACUCUGGCGCUAUAACGACAGCUUACGACAUCCCUGAUCCUAACAAUGAUUCUUAUGAUACAUCAAACACAGUUCCUCCAACUAGCAGCAAUUACCAUUACAGUGAUGAUGCCAGUGCUUACUAUGGAAGCGGGAGAGCCGAUGGGCCAAAUGGGUACGUAUCUGUUGUUCCUACUGGAUGGGACUAG